GAGAGAGAGAGAGGGGUAGGGGAGAGCGCGCGAGAGGCAAGGGGGGAGAGAGAGAGAGAGUCGCUCUCUCAGCGGGCAGCCCCCGAGACGCCCCUCACGCUCGCUCCCCGUGGCUGCCCCCUCACGCAGGCGCUGCCCUGCAACAGCGACUCGCGACUCCGACUCCGUCUUCGCCUGCGCCGCCGCCGCCGCCUCCCGCGCGCCGGGACCCGUCUCGCGUGUCCACGUUCCUGGGGCCCGCUCCAGGUUCGCCUCAGGUGUUGCAGGGCCGCUGCGCUCGCCUCACGGGGCCCGACGAUGGCCGCUCGCCCCUUGGCCGCCGAAGUCCCCCGCGGCUAGCGGCCGCGUCACUCACCCGGCGUCGUUUCGCCACCGACUCCUGCUGCACCUCCUGCUCCUUUUGUGGCCUCAUCAGCAGCAGCAGGAGCCAAAGGGGGAGCAGCCAGGGGGGAGCAGAUAGGGGGAGCAGCAGGACGGAGGAGACGGGAGGAGGAGGAGGGGGGGGAGGAGGAGGAGGAGGGGAGGGGUGAGCGGGGGGGAGCAGGAGGGAGUAGAAGGGAGCAGGAGGAAGUAGGGUGGAAGAGCAGCAGCUGCCAGCCCAGUUAGCCGCAGUUGGCAAAUCCAUCCCACAUCUACCUCGACCACCACUGACUACGACUAGCCGGCGACGUGAGGCUGUGAUAGGGAACGGGACGACGAGAGAUCUACGGGAGAUCGUCGAUCGCUGGGGGCGGGCGACGCGACGCCGGCCGAUAUGGCGGACGGGAACAGCACCACCGUGGACUUCCUGCCGAAGGGCGGGGGGGCGGCGCCGGGGCCACCGGGGGGGGGCCCCUUUGGCUGUUCGCUGCAGGAGCUACGCGACCUCAUGGAGGUGCGCGGCACGGAUGCCAUAGCCAAGGUGGCGGAGGCCUACGGCGGCGUACACGGCCUGUGCCACAGACUCGGCACCUCGCCCACCGACGGGCUGAGUGGGAGCCAGGCGGACCUGGAGCAGCGGCGUGUGGUGUUCGGAGCGAACCUCAUCCCCCCCAAGAAGCCCAAGUCGUUCCUGGCCCUCGUGUGGGAGGCGCUGCAAGACGUGACGCUCAUCAUCUUAGAGGUGGCGGCCCUCGUGUCGCUGGGACUCUCCUUCUACCACCCGCCCGAGGGCAACGACGAGUCGUGCGGUAAUGCGGCGGGCAGCGGCGGCGAGGAGGGCGAGGCGGAGGCCGGCUGGAUCGAAGGAGCGGCCAUCCUCCUCUCCGUCAUCGUCGUGGUGCUUGUCACGGCCUUCAACGACUGGAGCAAGGAGCGACAGUUCCGAGGCCUGCAGAACCGCAUCGAGCAGGAGCAGAAGUUCACCGUCAUCCGCCAGGGCCAGGUCAUCCAGAUCCCCGUGGCCGACAUCGUGGUGGGGGAUGUGGCACAGGUCAAGUACGGCGACCUGCUCCCGGCUGACGGCGUUGUCAUCCAGAGCAACGACUUGAAGAUCGAUGAGAGCUCUCUCACCGGGGAGUCGGACCACGUGCGCAAGGCCGUCGAUCGCGACCCCAUGCUGCUCUCCGGCACGCACGUGAUGGAGGGGUCGGGCAAGAUGCUGGUGUCGGCCGUUGGCGUCAACUCCCAGACUGGCAUCAUAUUCACGCUGCUGGGCGCCAGCGAGGAGGAGGGCAAGAGCAGGGAGAAGGACAAGAAGGGCAAGAAGCAGGAUGCAUCAGCCGCAGCGGCCGAGGCAGGCCGCAUCAAAGGCAAGGCGGCGGCGGACGGCGUGGACGGCAUGGAGAUGGAGAUGGAGCCGCUGAAGGGGGCGGAGAAGGGGGAGGGGGAGGGGGAGGAGGCGGCACGCAAGAAGAAGCCAUCACCACCCAAGAAGGAGAAGUCGGUGCUGCAGGGGAAGCUCACCAAGCUCGCGGUGCAGAUUGGCAAGGCCGGUCUGGUGAUGUCGGCCAUCACCGUGGUGAUCCUGGUGCUCUACUUCGUGAUCGACACCUUCUGGGUGCAGGGCCGGCCCUGGCUGGCCGAGUGCACGCCGGUCUACGUGCAGUACUUCGUCAAGUUCUUCAUCAUCGGCGUCACCGUGCUCGUCGUGGCCGUGCCCGAGGGGCUGCCCCUUGCCGUCACCAUCGCCCUCGCCUACUCCGUCAAGAAAAUGAUGAAGGACAACAACCUGGUGCGGCACCUGGACGCGUGCGAGACGAUGGGCAACGCCACGGCCAUCUGCUCUGACAAGACGGGGACGCUCACCACCAACCGCAUGACGGCCGUGCAGCUGUUUAUUGGGGGCAAGCACCACAAGAAGAUCCCCGCUGCGGAGGAGGUGGCGGCGUCCACGCUGGACACGCUAACCACCGGCGUGGCCGUCAACUCGGCCUACACCACCAAGAUCCUGCCCCCCGAGCGCGAAGGGGGGCUGCCGCGGCAGGUGGGUAACAAGACGGAGUGCUCGCUGCUGGGGCUGCUGCUGGAGCUGAAGCGAGACUACCAGGCGGUGCGGGACGAGGUGACGGAGGAGCACCUCUUCAAGGUCUACACCUUUAACUCGGCACGCAAGUCCAUGAGCACCGUCCUGCGCACGCCCGAAGGGGGAUACCGCCUCUACAGCAAGGGGGCGUCCGAGAUCCUCCUCAAGAAGUGCACGCAGAUCCUGGACGCGAGUGGCGCCCCGGGCCCGUUCAAGGCGCGCGAGCGCGAGGAGAUGGCUCGCCGCGUCAUCGAGCCCAUGGCCAACGACGGCCUGCGCACCAUCUGCCUGGCGCUCCGCGACUUCCCGCAGGGGACCGAGCCCAGCUGGGACGACGAGGCGUCCAUUGUCUGCGAGCUCACCUGCGUGGCCGUCGUCGGCAUCGAGGACCCCGUGCGCCCAGAGGUGCCGGACGCGAUUCGGAAGUGCCAGCGUGCGGGCAUCACGGUGCGCAUGGUGACGGGCGACAACAUCAACACGGCGCGCGCCAUCGCCAGCAAAUGCGGCAUCCUGGCGCCCGGCGAGGACUUCCUGUGUAUCGAGGGCAAGGACUUCAACCGGCGAAUCCGCAACGAGCGCGGGGAGAUUGAGCAGGAGCGCCUAGACAAGGUGUGGCCCAAGUUACGCGUUCUGGCGCGGUCCUCGCCCACGGACAAACACACACUCGUCAAGGGGAUCAUCGACAGCCAGACCGGGGAGCGGCGCCAGGUGGUGGCGGUAACCGGGGAUGGCACCAAUGACGGCCCCGCACUCAAGAAGGCCGACGUCGGCUUCGCAAUGGGCAUUGCGGGCACGGAUGUAGCCAAGGAGGCGUCGGACAUCAUCCUGACGGACGACAACUUCAGCUCCAUCGUGAAGGCGGUGAUGUGGGGGCGCAACGUCUACGACAGCAUAUCCAAGUUCCUGCAGUUCCAGCUCACGGUCAACGUGGUGGCCGUCAUCGUCGCCUUCACCGGGGCCUGCAUCACGCAGGACUCCCCGCUGAAGGCGGUGCAGAUGCUGUGGGUGAACCUCAUCAUGGACACGCUGGCGUCGUUAGCGCUCGCCACGGAGCCGCCCACCGAGGCGCUGCUCCUGCGCCGGCCGUACGGCCGCAACAAGCCGCUCAUCUCGCGCACCAUGAUGAAGAACAUCCUGGGCCACGCCGUUUACCAGCUCACUGUCAUCUUCACGCUGCUCUUUGCCGGCGAGUUGAUAAUGGACGUGGACAACGGGCGCAAUGCCCCGCUGCACGCGCCGCCCUCGGAGCACUACACCGUGGUGUUCAACGCCUUCGUCAUGAUGCAGCUCUUCAACGAGAUCAACGCGCGCAAGAUCCACGGCGAGCGUAACGUCUUCCACGGAGUCUUCCGCAACCCCAUCUUCUGCUCCAUCGUGCUGGGGACAUUCAUCCUGCAGAUAAUGAUCGUGCAGUUUGGAGGGAAGCCGUUUAGCUGCACGGGCCUGUCGCUGGAGCAUUGGCUCUGGUGCGUCUUCCUGGGCCUUGGGGAGCUGCUCUGGGGACAGCUGAUCGCGUCGAUCCCGUCUCACCGGCUCAAGUUCCUACGCGAGGCUGGGAAGGGCUCCACGGAGGAGGAGCAGCGGCCGGGCGAGGAGGACGAGGAGGAGAUCGACCACGCAGAGCGCGAGCUGCGGCGCGGACAGAUCCUCUGGUUCCGUGGCCUCAACCGCAUCCAGACUCAGAUCCGCGUAGUCAAAGCAUUUCGUAGCUCGCUGUACGAGGACGUGGGGCGGCCCGAGACGCGCGGCUCCAUCGACGACUUCAUGCCCCACCCUGACUUCGACAUCAUGGCCGACAUCCCCUCCAUCGACGGCUCAGACGCUGAUGAGGACGCGGAGCCGAGCGCGCCACCACCACCACAACCACCACGACGCCACCGGGGACGGUGCCGGCGCCAGCAACGGAGUCACCGUCGCUCCCGGCUCGGGCCAGCCGGCACCGCUGGCCACCAGCGAGUCGUUCUCGUGAGGUCCGCCCGGCGCCGGCCUAACCCCGUCCGGCCCCUGCCGCCGCCGAUCGCCGUGUUGGCGGCCGUCCGGCGCAGCGGCCGUGCGGCGACAGAACGUUCUCAAGGUCGCCGGCACGGCCAGGCUACGACGGCUGCGUGGCCCUCUACCUUUGACCCCUCAGCCCCCCCCCCCCGCACACCCCCCAAGGGUGUCGGUGGGGGCUAUGGGGUCACCACGGCGGGGUCACCACGGCGGGGUCACCACGGCGGGGUCACCACGGCGGGGUCACGGUUGAGUUUGGCCGAGCGGGCGAGCGGCCGGGUCCGUCACGGUCGCCAUGGUGGUCGUGUUCGGCGGGCGCCCCUCCCCCCACUCACCCCUCCUUCCACUGCUCCAUUCCCCCCCACUGUGGUAACACGACGAGGACGAUGAUGGUGACGAUGACGACGACGACGACGAUGAUGAUGAUGGUACCUUCAAACCGUGAGCGCCCCCCUUGUUAGUUCUGCGGCCCCCUGGAGGUGGCGAGUGCCCCCCCCCCCCCCCCUGGUUGGGCUCCUCGCGUGUCCGGGCGUCCUGCAGCCACCAGAGGGCGCGACAGACGCAGACUCCACACAGCUACGGGUGGAUCGCUCCACCCCGAACACCCCCUCAAGCCCCAACAUCCCCUACAGCCCCUACACCCUCUAGACCCCCCUAACCCCACACCCUCUAGACCCCCAUAACCCCACACCCUCUAGACCCCCCUAACCCUACACCCCCUAACCUCUACACCCCUAACCCUAAUUGCCACCCCUAAUCCUAAUUGCCACCCCUAAACAGGGGGUGGGGGGCAGCGCUGUGGGGAUCUGCAGGUUGGGGGCGGCCGUGGUCUGGGUACGAUAACCCCUGAGCUUGAGCUGUGGGGUGAGAGUUCGACACAGGCACCUGGUGCACAGGGGCGUGCAUGCGUCGCAUUCACAGGA